UUUAGAACAGGCAGAGCUGUGAGCUGGGUGGGGCUAGAGUAUAGUUCAUGAGGAAGAGGAGGCUCCUACCCAAACAGCUUUGUUCUACAGAUUCUCACAGAGAUUCCUGGGCCAGCUGGGACUGGAGUGAGAGAGGGGUAGGAGAGAGGUCAGCUUCAGAAGGGGAGAUUUCUCAGACUCUCAGAGAAAACCAGCAGGAAGUCUGUGAGACCCUAAGAACUGCAGGCCCUCAGCUGACCUUCUCCCCUCCGAGGAUGACAAGGGCAUUAUUCAUCUCCUUGUUCAGCUGCCUUGCUGCCAUAAACCAGGCCAGCCUCAUCAACCGCUGCGACUUGGCCAAGGUGCUGCACCAGGAAGAUUUGGAUGGGUUUGAGGGCUACUCCGUGAGUGACUGGCUGUGCCUAGCUUUUGUGGAAAGCCAUUUCAAUAUAUCAAAGGUAAAUGAAUAUGCAGAUGGCAGCUCUGACUAUGGCAUCUUCCAGAUCAACAGCCAUUACUGGUGCAAUGAUUACCAGAGUCACUCGGAAAACACUUGCCACAUGACAUGUCAAGAACUGCUGAGUCCCAAUCUUCUCGCAACCAUCAAGUGUGCAAAAAAGAUUGUGUCCCGAGCAGGGGGGAUGAAGAACUGGGCAGAAUGGUCGAUACACUGUGCCGGCCGGCCACUCUCCUACUGGGUAACAGGAUGUCACAUGGGAUGAGGCAGGGUGCAGGCCUGCUGUGGAGUCAUCCUAAAACUCCUCUCCUCCCAUGGGGAUUCUUCCUCUUGCCUCCACUUCAUGUUAUUUUCUUCCCUUCCCAUUUACAAAUAAAACUGACCAGAGCCCCAGGAAUAAAUGGUUUUCUAGGGCUUACUCCUUGUUCCCAUCCAGGCCCAGGCCCCUGGUUCCUGAUUGUCAUUUGUAAACCAAGAGGACCACAAUGAAGAUGCUUCUGUAUUUUGGGAAUUAAAACAUUCUUUGUGC